CAAAACAAACUGUCGAAUUUGUAAUACUUUUUACCCAGCUUGGCGCGAUUUUGCUGGAAAAAAUGAAUGGAACACGUAAAAUAAAGUCGAUACAGGCAAUACGCAUGGGCGACCUGUUGUAUGACGAGCAGAAACGCCUUUUAAUCCUGUGCCGCAGCUGCGAACGCCACUUUAUGACGUUACAAUCGUUUGAAAAACAUUUAACUGACUGUUCGGGUCUUAAACAUAUAGUAACGCCGGCCGAUCCGCUUAUAUACGAUGAGGCCAAGCGGGAAACAAGGCUUGUGAACGGUAGGCAGGAGCUCCACAUUUACGACAUUGAGGCGGUGAAGAGUUCUAGCAGUGCCAACAUCUCUAUUGAUUGGGAGCUGGAACUGGAGGAUCCGCGCUGGUACACCGAUCCCAAGCCCACUGUACCAAGCCCGCCCAAAGCCAAAUCCAAGGAGAAUGUGGUGAAGGAGUAUCUAGUUCAGCUGACCGAGGAGCCACCGGAAAUGGAGGAGGUGCCCGCCAAACGCCAGCGUAGCCUCAGUGUUCCCCGCCGGCCCAUCCUGACCGCCCAGCAGCAGCGAAGGUCACGCAUUAGCCAUCCCUCGCCCCAGCCACCAAAGGCAAAAAUGAAAAUUGACUCAUUUUUGGUGCCCAAUGUCAUGGAGGACCUCAAGCGUCUGCAAGAGUCGCCGGAGAAAAAGAGGAAAACACCCUCAUCGCCAGAAGCUCGCAAUGCAUCUAUUUUACCGGCUGUCAGAACACCACCAGCUCCGAGGACUGCACAAUUACCUGCUGCAAAGACAUCACAAUUACCUGCUCCGAGGACAUCCCAGUUGCCUUCUCAAGUGGCAUCUCAAAAACCUCCUCCCAGGACUUCUCAAAGAUCUGUUCCUCCGGUAACAUAUCAGAAACCUGCAGUUCCCACAACAUCUCAGAAACCUACAGCUCCAGAAAAAUCUCAGAAACCUCCAGAUUCCAUAAGAUCUCAGAAACCUGCAGCUUUCACAACAUCUCCGCAACCCGUAGCUCCCAUUUCUCCUGAGAAACCUGCAACUCCCAUAACUUCUCCGAAACCUGCGGUACUUUCCAAUGUUACUCCUGUCUUGGAAAGCAAACCCAUGGAUGGCACACAAAAAAUUCUCAAUAAACUGAGAGCUUGUGGCGUGGAUGUAAAACGGGGAAAUACGCUUGUGAAUGUUAAUGCCGCGAACGAACAAAAUCCAACCAAAAACCAAGAGACCCUGGACAUCAUGCGAAAGCUUCAGUCAAAGGGAAUCAGAUGCACCAAAGUCAAAAAAACGUAGGGCUGAUAGUUGUAGUUGCUUAGCUUAAGUUAUGGUUUUACAAU